ACGACGCGCCCAUUCGUUUCAACUUCCUUUUCUUCUUUCUCUCUGCGACGGCGAUCACCCUUUCUCGGCUCAUCUUAUUCUUUGCCUGGUAGAGAUACCAUGCUAAAGAGAAGAGGAUGCCCUAAAGGGUCAAGUGCUCAGAAGAAGAUUAAAGAGAGUGCGGAUAGUGGACUGGAGAUUCUUGAUAAUUUGCCAAAUGUUUUGAAAGUGGAAUCCAUCUCUGGAGAUGUGCAGGAUGCAGAAUUCUAUGUUUCAGAUACGAGUAUGCCAAAGAAGAGGGGACGAGGACGGCCCAAAGGUUCUGGGGUUCAGAACCAUGAAGAAAGUAUCCAUAGCAACUUGAACAGUCAGAAUAUUUCAUCAGCUUUGGGGGACGUUGGCCGUAGGUGUGAAGAGUCAGGACAGUCAGGGUCAAAGGUUCAGAAAUGUCAAGUUGUUCAACGCAACUCAAACUUUGACCACGUUCCAUUGAAUAUGGUGGGGGUUAGUUCUCGGGGUGAAGAGUUAGAAGAGGCUGGACCAGAAGAUCCAACAACUCGUAAGAACCAUAAACAGAAUGCAGAUGGUGUAAGCAUCAAUCCUAAAAGAAAGGGAAGAGGACCGACAAAAGGAUUGAUACUUGAAAUGAAGCGUCAACAGAGUGCAGACGGGAAGUUGGAUGUUCUUAUUCAUCCAACAAAGCUAGUGGCAGUAGGUCCUGGCCGUAAAGAUUUUAUUACGGACCUCUCUCUUAUUGUUCGAAAGCAUGCCCGUUUGAACGUGCACAUGUGGAGGAAGGUUCCAAAAAGUACUAGAGAUACAAUAGUGCAAAGUAUUCUGAACAACUGGAGACUUCAAGAUACGGAUAUGGUGCGAAAAGCCAUUUUGGAUGAAGCAGGACGAUUAUAUCGAAAUUGGCGCAAUAGGCUUCAUGAUUAUUAUUUGGUGUUUGAAACAAAAGAGGAGGCCUUGAAGCAUGUUCCUAACGAUGUCAAUCCUUCUGAUUGGCAAUUCAUGGUUGAUUAUUUUAGCAGUCCUUCUUUCAAGUUGAUAAGCACAGUAAACAAGACAAAUAGGACAAAAAUGCAGACAAAUCAUACCAGUGGCCAGAAAUCUUUUCAUGCGGUCAGCUAUGAAGCUCGGGACCCGGUGACUGGAAAGGAGCCUCAUUUGCAGAAAUUGUGGCAGCUGACACACAAAAAGACAAAUGGUGAAUGGGUUGAUGAGGCAUCUAAGGAAGUAAACGACAAGAUUGCCGAACAAAUUGAUAAGAAUUUACGUGAGCUAGAGGAUUCUCAAGAAGGGAUUGAAACAGUUGAACCUGAAAUUAUUAAUAAUGCCUUCGAGUCAGUGGUCAGGAAUAAAACAUGUGUGCUAGGUUCUGGAGGAGGACCGCAGUCUUCAAAGUCUAAUACAGUUCAGCAGCUGCUGGCUGAAUUAGAGGCCCAGAAGAGGGAGACAGAGAAUGCUAGGAAAGAAUGCAAUGAAACGAGAGCUAAGCUUGUUGAGGUCGAGUCCCAGCUAGAUGAAGAGCGGAGGAAGAGGGAGGAGAUUGAGGCUCGUCUACUGAAUCGUCAAAAGGAAAUGCAGGAAAUCAAUAGUCAGGUUCAGACUGCUAUCCAGUCUGCAUUCAUGCGGUAUCAUCCACCAACAAAUGAAGAAGAGACCUCAGCAAAGCAGAACAGCUUGAUUGCAGAGCUUGAAGCACAACUCGUUGAGGCAGAGGAUGUGAUCUCAGAUCUUAGAUCAGAAUUAGAUAGGCGCAGCAGGCGCUAGUCAAGCAA